AUGACGCUGCCGGAGGAGACUAAUGAGGAGCGAGAUCGCCGGCUGCAGCAGCUUUUUAGCACAAUUGAUAUUGAAAAAACUGGAAAAGUCGAUCUAGAGCAACUGUCGCGAGCAUUUAAGAAAAGUGGACACCCAUUGAAGCAAUCACCCGAGGCUAUAGAACAGAUCUUCAAGUCUCUCGACUGUAAUAAGGACUCGGUGGUGGAUUUUGAAGAUUUUAAAAAAUACGUUUUGGCUGCAGAGGUCCAAAUACGACAGGGGUUUCUUAAACUCGACAGAGACGGAGACGGGAAAAUCCAAACGAGCGAAUUGUCAACGUACUUGGGCAAAUUGGCGGAAGCUAAUGAGCCGAGACCAGAAAAAUCGUUAACUUUCAAAAAAUUCAUGAGUUGGGCUUUCACUACCAGAAGGAAGGAGGCCGAAAACUCGCCUUACAUCACAUAUGACCAGUGGCGCGACUUACUGCUCUUCAUGCCCCGUAAAAGGGGCUCCCGAUUGCAUACUGCCUAUUCGUAUUUCUAUCUAUUCAACGAAGACGUGGACUUGUCAUCCGAAGGUGACGUGACGUUGAUCAACGAUUUCAUCCGUGGUUUUGGAUUUUUCAUUGCAGGCGGUGUUUCUGGUGUUAUCUCCAGGACGUGCACCGCACCCUUUGACCGGAUUAAAGUGUUCCUUAUUGCGAGAACGGAUUUGUCCUCUACAUUUCUGAAUUCCAAAGAUCGAGUUCUGCAGCAUAAUCCGAGCGCUGACAAGGCCAAAAUAAAAUCUCCCUUGGUGAAAGCUGCCACCUCGCUCUAUAGACAGGGUGGGAUCCGUUCAUUUUAUGUGGGAAACGGGCUGAACGUCAUAAAAGUUUUCCCAGAGUCGGCCAUCAAGUUUGGAUCCUUUGAAUUUGCCAAGCGCGCCAUGGCGCAACUAGAGGGAGUCAAAGAUACUUCAGAACUAUCCAAAUUUUCCACAUACAUAGCCGGUGGUUUAGGAGGUGUGAUGGCUCAGUUUUCCGUGUAUCCUGUCGAUACUUUGAAGUACAGGGUUCAAUGUGCUCCGCUCGAUACACACCAAAAGGGCACUCAGUUGAUGAUCGAGACAGCGAAACAAAUGUAUAAAGAGGGCGGGUUAAAACUUUUUUACCGAGGUGUCACAGUCGGUGUUAUGGGUAUCUUUCCUUAUGCCGCUUUAGACCUGGGAACCUUUUCAGCUCUGAAGAAAUGGUACAUCUCACGACGAGCUCAAAUGACUGGUGUCUCAGAAGACCAGGUCACAAUCAGUAAUGUUUUUGUGCUGUUAAUGGGUGCCUUCAGUGGAACAGUGGGUGCAACUGUGGUUUAUCCCAUAAACCUACUGAGGACGAGAUUGCAAGCCCAGGGUACGUUUGCACAUCCCUAUCGAUAUGAAGGAUUUAGAGAUGUAUUCUCUAAAACCGUUGCACGGGAGGGCUAUCCGGGACUCUUCAAAGGUCUGGUACCCAAUUUGGCCAAAGUAUGCCCUGCCGUCUCCAUCAGCUACCUAUGUUACGAAAACCUCAAGAAAGGCAUGAAGUUGGAAUGA